CCUUCGAGCCUGCGACUUGACUCUUCCGCAAGAUAACUCCCAGUGACGCUAUCACUACGAAACUUCCAUCUCAAAUAUACAUAGCCUCGAAAUAAUAUCACAAUGAGUGUAUGUCUCCGUUUAAAGCAUGGUCACGACCUUCCGCGACCGCCGCUGCUACCCCUCCCCUGACUCCUGAGCUCAUGCGCACCUCGACCUUCAUUGCUGACCUGUGAACAACAAAGUACGGAGGUAAUCAGGGUGGCUACGGCCAGUACAACCCUUAUGGCGAGCAGGGCUACAACCAGAACCCCUAUGACCAGGCCAAUGCCGUCGAGCAGGGCCAGGGUAACGGCACCUACGGUAAGCGCGCCGCAGCUCGGACCCGUCAUGCGAAACAGCCAGUCUUCUAACGCAAGCUCUCCGCACCACCAGAAAUGAAUGCGAUCGCGGAACAGCCGGCCGACGCCACCACGCUGUUGAACAAGUGCAGGGAGAUCAACGAUGGUAUCGCGGACCUGAAGGCCAAGCGCGAGGGCCAGCUGGCCGCCGCCCAGAAUGCCAUGCUCGACUCCAGCACUGGAAAGGAGGACCAGGUCGCCCGCCAGACUCUGGAUUACAUUGAGGACGAGAUCAACAACGGCUUCCGCUACCUCCGUGAUCUGUUGAAGAAGAUCAAGCAGACCCCGGGCUCCGGAGACAACCGCGUCCAGACGCAGGUCGACGUCACCAGCCGCAACCUCCGUCGCGAGAUCGAACAGUACCAGCGAUGCCAGUCCGACUUCCAGAAGCGCUUGAGAGAGCAGGUUCGCAGACGUUACGAGAUCGCGAACCCCGAGGCGACUCCCGAAGAGAUCGAGCAGGGUGUCGACAGUGUGCUGCUGGGCCAGGAGCAGAGCUUCCAGGUAUGGUGGCCCUUGUCCGCGAUUGCCCCGGAUGACUCGCUAAUCAGUGCUCUAGGUUACUGGUAGCCGUACUAGACAGGCCAACGACGCCAGACAGGCGGCCUUGGAGCGUUCGGCCGCUAUUCGCAA